GUCAUAAUCCAGAGUUUUCUUGUUUAUUUUUCAGUACAAACAACUAAGAGUUCCACUGUGAUGACAGAUAAUAAUGUGCACAAGUGUAUUUAAUAAGGUAUAGUUUGAUUAAUCAUGACUGAGGUAAAUGUGACAAUUAAUUGUGAUAUUUAUUUUAUGUGAUAUUGUCCAGCCGUAUUUUGCAGAUAAACGACUAUCUAGGAUAUAGAAUUUCAGAUGUUGAUAAUUAGAAUAAACUAACUAACUAGUAGCUCAAAUUAGCUGGCAUCAGUAUCCAAUGUGAUUGGACAAUGGGGCUGUCCAAUGAAAACUUACCGUUCAGCUGAGCCUUAACACCUUAAAUCCUGGAAGCUGCUUGGUAAACUCCAUUGUUGGUUUUAGAGAAAGCUGUUCGACUGAGCUCAGGUGGAGUUACAUUUUUCAAAUCUGAUUACAACUGGCUGUUUAUGAUAUAUAUUGAAUGAUCUUUUGCUUUAAGAAGAGUAUUUUCAUCAACUUCUUUUUUGCUAUUUUUGUCAUCUUGAUAUUUUGUUGAAUAUGCCUUUACAGAAUGCUUCAAUCAAAGUAACAGAAUUUAUUAUAGGUGGUUUUGACAAAACUGAAAAGCCUUUUGUGGUUGGUGUGGUUAUAUUAAUUACCUAUGUUCUUGCUGUAUUAGCCAAUAUAAUGAACAUCCUCUUCAUCAUAUAUGACAAGCGAUUACACAAACCAAUGUAUCUUCUGAUUUGCAAUCUUGCUGUUGUUGAUAUACUGUACACCUCCAGUGCCAGUCCAACAAUGAUUGGGGUUCUAGUUGCUGGUGUUAAAACCAUAUCCUAUGUGCCAUGCUUCAUUGAAAUGUUUGCUUUCCACUUGGGAGGGGUAAUGGAGACAUUUGCUUUAUCGAUUAUGGCAUUUGAUCGAUUGAUUGCUAUUAGUUGUCCAUUUAAGUACCACAGUUAUUUAACAAAUGUGCGCACUCUUGUCCUUACAUAUAUCCUGUGGAUUGUUGCCUGUGCUAUUGUGUCCAGUAUUUCAGCAACUCUGCUAUAUCUCCCUCACUGCUACUCAAAGCUGAAGUACAGUUUCUGUGACUAUCCUGCCAUAAUACGAACUACAUGUGUUGAUCCCACACCCUAUUUCAAUGAAGCGUCCAUCAUAGUGUUUUUAAUUUUAUUUUUCACUUUCACAUUUAUUUGCCUGUCAUACAUUUUGAUCAUAUUUUUUGUUAAAGUAUCCACAAAUAGUAACAAAAGGAAAAUGGGCAGCACUUGUUUGAGUCACUUGGUUGUGGUAACGUGUUAUUACUGUCCAGUAUUUAUUCUCAUGGUCUUGACCAGGUUGGGUGUGGUAUUAACUCUUGAGGCUCGCCAUGGCUUAAUGAUCGGGACCAUCCUUGGUCCAUCUCUUGUAAAUCCUUUUGUGUACUGUCUUAGGACAAAAGAAAUUAGAUGUAAGAUUUUUGGAAUUUUCAAAAACAGCUGAGACAUUUCAGUAGAUCCUCAUGAAUUGUCAAUUUGUUAAUACUUUAUUAUGGAAGAUGCAUCCUUUUAUGGUAUAAGUAUUUUGUUAAAAUGACUGAAUGAUUCAUCCAUGUAUUUUAUGAACUGUUAAUCCUGUUCAGGGUUGUAAUGGACAGAAUCUUAUCCCAACAAACAUUGGGUGAGAGGCAGUCUCCAUCCCUGACAGGUCUGCAAUCUAUUGACAAACACAGUCACACUCACAUGUUCACAUGCCAGCAAUUUAGACUGUCUUCUUAACCUAACCUGCAUGUCUUUUGACUGUGAGAGGAAACUGGAGGAAACCCACACAGAACCAAGGAAAAACAUGCAAACUCUGUCACAGCUUCCCCCUGCCACUUGAUGGAAUAUAUUAUGAAGCAAAUAUGUUGUAUAACAUAAGCUUUAUUUGUUUUUUUCAGUGGUUUUCAAUAUACCAAAUGCAUACUUACAAGCUUUACUUAUUGUCUGUAACUAUGUUUAUGUCAAUAAACUGUAUGUUGCUUUAGGUGUUUGCAAACUUUCAUAAAACUUUUUAAAAAAGUAAUCAUGGUAAAAAGAACUGAUGAGUUAAGGAUGUUGAAGUUA